UGAAUGCAGCACAAUUUUGAGAGGGCAUCGUUCCUCCUACAGUCGAAGCCAUAUGAGGUGAACCGGUUUGCCUGCGGACACAGUAGACACGUUGUGGGUAUGCCAUACGAUGAUAUCGUCGUUUACGGACUACGAAGCAAAUUUAGGUUUUGAAAAAAAAAGAAUGGGUCAAUUGAGUUGGGCUAGCUGUUAGCUAGCUAGGCCGAUGUAGUUAUUGAAAGAGGUGAUGCGUUUAAUGUUGUUUCGCAAUUUUUAGCUAGCACUGCAGGCUACGUGGACUAAAUUGUGAAUCGUCGGGUAGCUUUUUUAGCGACACACAUGGAACAGUGGAGGGACGCGGCCUCUCAGCAGGCCAAACUGCUUGCAAUUCGGGUGAAUGAAUUGUUGUCCAAGGGCCAGGAGUUUUUGCGAACCGAGCUCGGAGUGGAUCUGGCGCUCAGGCCCGAGCUCAUUCCGCCAUGGGUGAUCCUCCUUGCGGUGUGCGCCGGCUUCGUGCUCAUGCUUGCAAUAUGGGCCUCGAUGUGCCAGGCUCUCUUCAAGAAGCGGCCUGCAAUCACCGUCGUGCAGGACACCGUCGAGGUAAAACCAAGUGCCAGUAAACCUGUCAAAUCGGAGGAGCCCAAGAAGAGGAAGAAAAGGCCGGAAAAGAAAGUCCAGCCAAAUGGAAGAGCUGUCACUGACGCACAGGACGAAGACGCCAUAGUUAGUGGAGCUAGAGUGCCACAUCAACAGCCACCUCCUCCAGAAACCAUGAGUGAAAAAGCUGUAGAGACGAAGUCCAAGAAGAAAGUCAAACAGGCAGUGAAGGAGACGGUGAAAGCUGUUGGAAAGGAGCCAGAGGGAGGCACAUGGGAGACUAAGGUCAGCAACAAGGAAAAACGGGAAAAACGCAAGAAGGACAAGAGUUCCAGCGAUGGUUCCGCCAGUCCUGGUGGUGGUGGUGGCGGCAGCACUCCUGUGAGCGCUACUCCAGAGCUGCGCAAAGCCUCAUCUAAUCCAGAGCAGCGCAAAGCCUCAGCUAAUCCAGAGCAGCGCAAAGCCUCAGCUAAUCCAGAGCAGCGCAAAGCCUCAGCUAAUCCAGAGCAGCGCAAAGCCUCAGCUAAUCCAGAGCAGCGCAAAGCCUCAGCUACUCCAGAGCAGCGCAAAGCCUCAGCUACUCCAGAGCAGCGCAAAGCCUCAGCUACUCCAGAGCAGCGCAAAGCCUCAGCUACUCCAGAGCAGCGCAAAGCCUCAGCUACUCCAGAGCAGCGCAAAGCCUCAGCUACUCCAGAGCAGCGCAAAGCCUCAGCUACUCCAGAGCAGCGCAAAGCCUCAGCUACUCCAGAGCAGCGCAAAGCCUCAGCUACUCCAGAGCAGCGCAAAGCCUCAGCUACUCCAGAGCAGCGCAAAGCCUCAGCUACUCCAGAGCAGCGCAAAGCCCCAGCUAAUCCAGAGCAGCGCAAAGCCCCAGCUAAUCCAGAGCAGCGCAAAGCCCCAGCUAAUCCAGAGCAGCGCAAAGCCCCAGCUAAUCCAGAGCAGCGCAAAGCCCCAGCUAAUCCAGAGCAGCGCAAAGCCUCAGCUAAUCCAGAGCAGCGCAAAGCCUCAGCUAAUCCAGAGCAGCGCAAAGCCUCAGCUAAUCCAGAGCAGCGCAAAGCCUCAGAUAAUCCAGAGCAGCGCAAAGCCUCAGCUAAUCCAGAGCAGCGCAAAGCCUCAGCUAAUCCAGAGCAGCGCAAAGCCUCAGCUAAUCCAGAGCAGCGCAAAGCCUCAGCUAAUCCAGAGCAGCGCAAAGCCUCAGCUACUCCAGAGCAGCGCAACGCCUCAGCUACUCCAGAGCAGCGCAACGCCUCAGCUACUCCAGAGCAGCGCAAAGCCUCAGCAGCCACGCCAUCUGUCAACCAGAAGAAGAAAAAAGGAGAGUCUUCGAAAGUGACAGCAGAGAAGUGUAAUGCUGCUGUGUCUCACGUUAACAACAUUGAGACACCAUUAGUAGCAGCAGGUGUUGUGGCUGACAGUCAAGCUGUCAAGGUUCCUCACACUGUUGCUCCAAAGACUCGAGGCUCGUGGAUUGCCACAAGAGAACCAGCGCCACUGUGGAAGACAGACAUUGAUGAGUCAUGGACUGUGAUUGAUCGUGUUCCAGCUGAUCUAGUUUCCUUUACUAAUCUGGGUGUUGCCACAGCUGAUCCGCAGCUGGUGGAUAAAGCACCAUGGCUCAGUCAGCCCAAAGUAGAUGAUGAGUGGUCAGGAUUCAAUGGUGUUUCAGCAGAUCCCAGCUCUGACUGGAACGCCCCUUCUGAAGUUUGGGGCAACUAUGAAGAGCCCAGACCUAAGCCCACUCCUGUUCAGCAGCAGCCUCGGAGUGCUAAACCUAAAUCUAAACCUAAUCUACUGAGUUUAGCUACUGAGGAGCAGGAUGAUGAAGAUGAAAAGCACAAUGGAGAGGCUGCUCCUGAUGGAGCUGCUAAAAAUAAAAAGAAGAGAAAGAAGAAGAAAAAGGCAGCAGAGGAGGGAGAAGUAGGCCAGGUUGAAGUACCAGAGAAGAAGUUGGAGCCUACAGCCCCAUUGAAAGAGGAGAAGAAAAAGAAGAAACAGAAGCAGCAGCCGCCUGCUCAAGAGCAUCCUCCUCCUGUUGAGGUGCGACUGGAGCGACCAGCGAAGGUCAGCACAUCUCGGAAACCUCUUGCCACACAAGUGCCACUGAAGCAACCUGAGGGACAUACCACAGUUCAGAUCAACCUUCCUGCUCCAACUCAACAAAAAACAGAGGAAAUCCAGGCCGCCAAGCUGUCUAAGAAGAAGAAGAAGGCAAGGAGGGAGACAUGAGUCCGCUUUGCAGUCAACCAUAUGCAAAAGACUUGACAUCCUGAUUAUGCAACUUUUAAAUAAAAGAACUCGGACCUACGGUCACCUGGAUGGACUUCAAACACCGACUGAAAAAUGAGAUCAUUUUAUACAGUCGUUACGUCAUGGAAAAGUAAACCUAGAAGCAGCGUAAUCUAAUGUCAUGCUUUGUGAAUUAAUUUUUAAACAUGCUUUUGAUACUGUAUUGUAAUUCCAUUGAUUGAACUAAGUGAAGGAGCUAGUCAAUUAGAAAUAUAGAUGUAAAGAAAUUGUAUUAUUAUUAUUGUGGUUACUAUGAGGUUACUCAGCAUGACAACAUUAUGCUGAACUGGCCUUUCGUUUUGUCGGCUGUAUGGUGAGCAUCAUUGAAGGAAAAAGGUCCGAUGUUAAUUUGGACAUUUUGACUCAUUGUGUGUACGUCUAUUCUUAUUUUUCAUAAUCUGAGAUUUCAUCAGACUCUGUCCAUGCGGUUUAUCAAUUUGUCUGUGUACUGAGACUGCCAAUCCCUUCCAGUUUUUACAACAUACUGUAAUAUGCUCUCUGGGUGGAGCCAUGUUAGACCCUCUGACUGAAGAUGCACCAUGUCUUCAACUUCUUCCUGACUUUCCAACUGUAAUUGAUUCUAAAGUCUAAAGAUUCUUUUGUUUAAAAAAAGGUGGUUGGUAAUAAAAGUAAAGCAAAAGCCAUAUGUUAAAAGACCAAAA